CUAGAAUGAAGGUGAUCAUGCGGACGUGUAUGGCGCGACCAUGUUCCAUCAACGGCAUCGUCAUGCGCCCACCCCAACUGGUAGAUGGAACCACCGCAAGACAACUAGGAUCCGUUCGACCACAACCAAAGGAGGAACCACGGAAUGCUGACUCGACUCGACCUACGUUGGGAACUAAAGGCGAUGAGGCGGCAACGGUCGACGACCGUGAAACUAGCAAUGACACAAGAAAGACAGGAACACUUGGACUCACCUUGCACGAGGACGAACGAACGAGCCAACCAUGUUCCGAGGACAAGCACUGGCUGUGAUAUCUGAGGAACCACAAUUGGCUAUACCCCGGAUAGAGCACUUGCCCUUACGUGCCGCCCCAGGAAGAAAAAGAUUCCUCGCAACCGACCAACCGACCGACCGACCGACCGACCGACCAACAGCAGCAUUGUCAAUACCUACAUUGGGAACUAAAGGAGAUGAGGCGGCAACGGUCGAUGACCGUGAAACUAGCAAUGGCACAAAGACAGGAACACGUGGACUUACCUUUACACGCGCGAGGACGAACCAACCCACAAAGGAACCACCGCAAGACGACUAG